CCGCAGAGGGUUUAAGCAAACUCGAUUUCCAUGGAGGGUUUUGUUGUUCAGUCCUGAAUUCGUUAUCGUUAUGGCGAAGUCUUCAAUUUCUCAUCUCUUACAACUAAGGAGACGUUUCUCUCUCUCCUCUCAAAACCCUAAUUUUAUUCUCUCUCGUCUCCUUAAACCCUUCUCUACCGCCUCUGCCUCUCCCGCCACCUCGCCGGAAUCCCCUAAGCCCUCUUCUCUCUCUGCUCGCAUGUCCUUCGUGUUCGACCAAAUAGAUUCCAUCGAACGCGAACGCUCUCAGAAGGACGAGACUCUCCAGAAAAUCCGCGCUUGGCGCCAAUCUAGAAACAACCCCACCCAACAAAACCCAGAAUUGGGGAGUUCCUAUCCGACCGGGUCUGCCGAGUUGACUCAGACUAACCCAGCUGAACUCGAGGGGAGCUCGCCUCAGUUGGGAAUAGGGGUUGUGAAGAAGAAGAAGAAUGAGGUGGAGUUGGUGCAUCCCUGGCCGGAGUGGAUAGAGCUUAUGGAGAGGUUAGUGCAGCAGAACUACUUCGAUCACAAGAGGCGAGAUGAAGACAAAAUUGUGCAAGAAUUGGGGCUUGAUGUGCCUGAAAAUGCGGAUGCUGAUGGUGUGGGCAUUGAUUUCUCGGAUUUUAAGACCAUCCAGACUGCAUGUCUUAACUUUGGAAAAGACCGAUUCGAUAUCCUGAGGUCAUUGUCAAGGCAGGAUAUUCAAGUUUUGGUUGGUUACGGUUGCCCCACUGCAGACAAGAAAGUGGUUUUCUCUGCAAAACUUUUGAGAAAGCAUGUUCACCUUGAUGAAGGAGAUGUUUGCAGUUCCUGCAGUUUGAGGAGCUCUUGUGAAAGAGCAUAUCUACUAACAAAUAAAGAGGACGAGGCACGAACUAUUGAUAUUAUGCGCGUCCUAUUAGCCUAUGGUUUUGAUCCCAUAAAUGGCUCUCUAGUCAACAAGUCUCUUAUGAAGCAGAAAUCUUUGAAAACUGUGGUCCGCAAGUUGCUUCAUGAGGUUGUCAAAUUGAGUGCUGUUCCGAUAGAUCCAAAUCUGCCCCCACCCAUAAUUAAAAGGCCUCCACCAAAAGUGAAGCAACCUCCUCCCCCUCCUAAGAAACGAGUUGGACGUGAUGAUGUUGAGAUGAAAAAGGGGGAUUGGCUGUGUCCCAAGUGUGAUUUCAUGAAUUUUGCAAAGAAUACAGUGUGCCUUCAGUGUGAUGCUAAGCGGCCAAAGAGACAGCUGCUUCCCGGAGAAUGGGAAUGCCCUCAAUGUAACUUCUUGAAUUAUAGGAGAAAUAUGGCAUGUUUUCAUUGUGAUUGCAAGCGCCCGCCUGAUGAGUUCGUGGAGAAUCAAAUGCAAGCAACGCAACGUGGUGGCAAAACAAGAUUGGAUAAGAUUGCUAGUCGUGAUGAGGUUUCCAAAGCUUGGAAUUUUGAUUUUGACGAUGACGAAUCUGAUGGGGCAGAUGUAGCUGCUUUUGAGUAUGGAGAUUCUGCUGUAACGAAUGAAGAUUCUCCUUUAAUCAGUAGGCCUCGGGAAGGAAAUUUCAGGGGACCUGAAGACGACUCCAAUAUAUCUGGUAGAAAUCCAAGGUUUCGUGCAACAGAAUAUUCUAAUCCUCAUCAUAAUAGACCUGGAAUGGGGUUUGAUGAUUUUGAUGAAGACAAUGUUGAUAGCUAUGAGCUGGACACCCAAAAUAAUGACUCAGUACGUAGGGCUUCCUUUUCUGAGGUUGAAGGCUUUUCGGACUCUGAUGAUAUUGAAGAUUCUGAUGAUAAGGUGUCUCCUGGUCAUAGAACAAGAACCCCACCUUACCGUAAGCCACCUAAAUCUGUGAGUCGGAAGGCUACUCCCUUUGGUUCUGAGGGUGAUGAAAUGGAUUUUGAUUCAGAUGAAGAGCUUUCAGUUCACUCCAACUGGAAAUCCAGUCAUGUAGCUGAUAGAAGUAGAAGAAGAGGCUCUACUGGUCCCUCUAGGGGAUUAAGCUAUGGCUCAGAUGAAGAAUUUGGGCUCCAAUCUGAUGCAGAGAAUGAUUUUCGAUCCAGGGAACAGAAAGGAAGGCGUUCUGGCAGUUCCUUUUCUGGCUCAGAAUCUGAUGAUCAUGACCUUCAUUCUCGGGAAAAUAGGUCUCGAAAGAAAAAUAUAGAACCUGGUGGUAGGAGAAACAAAUUUAAUGGUCGCGGUGAUUUUGACUUUGGCAGGGAUGCACAAUUGAGAUCAAAUGGGAAGAGAGGUAGUCGGAGCUCCUUUGGUGAUGAUUUUGAUGGAUCAUCUUCAAUGAGAUCAAAUGGGAAGAGAGGUAGUCGGAGCUCCUUUGGUGAUGAUUUUGAUGGAUCAUCUUCAAUGUCUCGUGGUAAACAUAGAGGGUUUGGAAGUAAAGACCACAGUGGUUGGAAAAUGAAUGGCAGAAGGAGUGACUUUCACAAUUCCAAAGGAGCCGGACAAGAAGGGUUUGGAAAUAAGUGGCGUGGAGGGUCAAAAGAAUACGAUAUGGACAAGGAUCCUGGAGAAUAUAGAAACAGCAGGCGUGUUAUUGAAAGAUAAAGUAUGAAUCAUCAGUCAUGGCAGAAACGACUUGCAAGGAUAAAUGAUCACUAGUUCUCCUAAUUGCUCCCCUCUAGCCUUCAAAAUUAGCAGCAAUGGAUUCAUCCAUAUUCUUGAAGAUUCCAAGGGAAAUCAGAGAGGAAAAACUUUCAUUUUGGAGUAAUGUACUACCAU